AGGCAUCCUCUACCACCACAUCCUCCUCACCCUCGCCCCGCCGUGCUCUUGUCCCUUUCCACCGCCCCAAAUGCAAAUGGGAGCCGCCACCUCGCCCAUUAUCACCCCCCGCGUUAAAGCCCGACGAGCUCCUCGCACUUGGGCUCCCCCUGCCUCCACGCCACUCCGCCCGCCUCGCCUAGCCACCUCCGCUGCCUCCCUCUCCUCUCCUCCCCUCCGGUGGGUAGUCCCCUCCCCGCUUCUCUCCACCCCUACCGGACCCAUCGAAGUAGCUGAACGGUACACCCUUGCGUCGUGAUUACUCCUGCGCGACGGAGCGAUCCGGUUCCUCCUGGGGUCUUCAUCCUGCGCUUAUUGGUUAAAGCUGAGCUGACAACUGUUUACUAAGAGUUGCUUCAGUAUGGAUACUGGCUGUCUGUCAUCUAUGAACAUUAAUGGGGCUAACCAAGCUAGAUCUUUUGCUGGACAAAUUUCUACUCAGAGAUGCUUCACAAGUAGUCACCAUACGAGCUUUGCCUCGAAAUCUGUAGUCUUAAGGAAUAAAGGAAAGAGAUCAUGUCGUGGAUCUGGUGCUUUGCAGGUUGUCUGCCAGGAUUUUCCAAGACCUCCACUAGAAAGCACAAUAAACUUUCUGGAAGCUGGACAGCUCUCUUCAUUUUUCAGAAACAGUGAACGCCCCAGUAAACCAUUACAGGUCGUGAUUGCUGGUGCAGGAUUAGCUGGUCUAUCAACGGCAAAAUAUCUGGCAGACGCCGGCCAUAAACCCAUAUUGCUUGAGGCAAGAGAUGUUUUGGGCGGAAAGAUAGCUGCUUGGAAGGAUGAGGAUGGAGAUUGGUACGAGACUGGGCUUCAUAUUUUUUUUGGAGCUUAUCCCAACAUACAGAAUUUGUUUGGUGAGCUUGGUAUUGAAGAUCGUUUGCAAUGGAAGGAACACUCCAUGAUAUUUGCCAUGCCGAACAAGCCAGGAGAAUUCAGCCGGUUUGAUUUCCCAGAAACUUUACCAGCACCUUUAAAUGGAGUAUGGGCCAUACUGAGAAACAGUGAAAUGCUUACCUGGCCGGAGAAGGUGAAGUUUGCUAUUGGACUUUUGCCAGCAAUGGUUGGUGGCCAACCUUAUGUUGAAGCUCAAGAUGGCUUAACUGUUUCAGAGUGGAUGAAAAAGCAGGGUGUUCCUGAUCGAGUGAACGAUGAGGUUUUUAUUGCAAUGUCCAAGGCACUCAAUUUCAUAAAUCCUGAUGAGCUAUCGAUGCAGUGCAUUUUGAUUGCUUUGAACCGAUUUCUUCAGGAGACGCAUGGUUCAAAAAUGGCAUUUUUGGAUGGAAAUCCACCUGAAAGGCUAUGCAUGCCUAUUGUUGAUCACAUUCGGUCUAGGGGUGGUGAGGUCCGCCUGAAUUCUCGUAUUAAAAAAAUAGAGCUGAAUCCUGAUGGAACUGUGAAACACUUUGCACUUAGUGACGGAUCUCAAAUAACUGGAGAUGCUUAUGUUUUUGCGACACCAGUUGAUAUCUUGAAGCUUCUUGUACCUCAAGAAUGGAAAGAAAUUUCUUAUUUCAAGAAGCUGGAGAAGUUGGUGGGAGUUCCUGUUAUCAAUGUUCAUAUAUGGUUUGACAGAAAACUGAAAAACACAUAUGACCACCUUCUUUUCAGCAGGAGUUCACUUUUAAGUGUCUAUGCAGACAUGUCAGUAACCUGCAAGGAAUACUAUGAUCCAAACCGUUCAAUGCUGGAGUUGGUCUUUGCUCCUGCAGAAGAAUGGAUUGGACGAAAUGACACUGAAAUCAUCCGUGCAACUAUGGAAGAGCUAGCCAAGUUAUUUCCUGAUGAAAUUGCUGCCGAUCAGAGUAAAGCAAAGAUUCUUAAAUAUCAUAUUGUGAAGACACCGAGAUCUGUUUACAAAACUGUCCCAAAUUGUGAGCCUUGCCGACCUCUCCAAAGAUCACCGAUUGAAGGGUUCUAUCUGGCUGGCGAUUACACGAAACAGAAAUACUUGGCUUCCAUGGAGGGCGCAGUUUUAUCUGGGAAGCUUUGUGCUCAGUCUAUAGUGCAGGAUUAUAACAGGCUAUCUCUCGGGGCCCAGAAAAGCCUGCGAUCCGAAGUUCCUGUUGCAUCUUAGUUCUAGUUAGUAAGGGCCCGGUUGCAUGUGCUCAGACUAACUAGAAAGAGAUUGAAGAGAUUGGUUGUUUGUACAAGUAUAUGUUGUAUGAGAUUCAAACAAAUUAAAACGUAUAAAUAGAGCAUUUAGAUGAA